CCUUCGUUUGCUUGAGAGUUGAGAAGGCAUUGAAACAGAAGAAGACGAUUCCCAAAGGAAAUAGGCAAAAAUCGAAGAUAAGGAUAAGUGAUAGAUACAUAACGAACGAGGUUAUAAAAUGAUGUUCAGAAGUUGAAGAAUUAGUUGGAUGAGAAAGAGGCUAGGCAUAACUAUAAUUGAUCUUGCUUGAUCAUAAAGGAGAGGUCAUCUGCAAUUCAGAAUUUUUGCAAGUAUUGUUUGCACCCAGUCUGUAGAUUUUUCCUUGUAAUAGUUGGUUAUGCCUGAAGUUGAACAAAUGGAUUGUGCAGCCGCGAGAAAGACACAAAAGGCUGACCGAGAAAAGUUAAGGAGGGAUCGACUCAAUGAACAGUUUGUAGAACUGGGUAACAUUUUAGACCCUGAUAGGCCCAAAAAUGACAAAGCAACCAUUUUAGGCGAUACAAUUCAAUUGCUGAAGGACCUUACUUCUCAAGUUAGUAAACUCAAAGAUGAAUAUGCUACACUAAAUGAAGAAUCUCGUGAGUUGACUCAGGAGAAAAAUGAUCUGAGAGAAGAGAAGGCAUCUCUAAAAUCAGAUAUCGAGAACUUGAAUAAUCAGUAUCAGCAGCAGCUCAGGACUAUGUUUCAAUGGACUGCAAUGGAUCAUUCAGUUAUGAUGGCUCCACCAUCUUAUCCGUAUCCAGUGCCAAUGGCAGUACCUCCUGGUCCAAUUCCCAUGCAGCCGUACCCCUUCUUUGCUAGUCAACAUCCUGCAAUCAUCCCUAACCCCUGUUCAACUUUUGUUCCUUAUUUAGCCCCCAAUACUCUUGUUGAACAGCAAUCUACCCAGUUUGUAUCCCCACCAAUUCAUCCAGGUAGUCGAUCCCAUGUGGCAGGUAAACAGGAGUCCAAAAGCAAAUCAUCCAGUGAGAGCAAGGCUGAAAAAAAUGAUGAUUCUAAUGAUGUCACUACAGACCUCGAGUUGAAGACUCCUGGGUCUUCUGCAGAUCUGGAUUUAUCAUCCAGACAAAGAAAAUCCAGCAAGUUGUCUAGGAAGGAAAGCAGUUGCACAGAAGAGAGUUCGUUAGGUAGGUGCUCUUCAUCACGUAGUGUUCAGGAUAGCUCAUCAAGUAGUGUAGUUGCGAGCAGGAAGGGUAAUGAAUGAGAGAGGAUUAUUGUGCCUCUUGAAGCCACAAUGAACUAUGAAGUUUUUCAUUGUGCAUCUGCUGCAACUCUGGAGGUACAAGUCGCUCUGUUCUUAUAUAAAAAAAAAAACUCACCUAUGUUAUCUCUUCCUGACUACGAAUUUAUUCUAAACAGGUUGAAUCAUAAACUUCUCGUAGUAGAAAAGUUUAGUAGGUUUGACUGUUAAGUUUGUAUUUCUUGUAAAAAAAUUGAAAUUGCAGUUGGAAAAUCUGUAAGUUGAUCAGUGUCGCUAGUGUGUAGGUUUGUAAAUCCCCUCCCCAUAAGCUAAUGAUUUGUAUCAUGUAACAUAUCACAUGGGGCCAUGAAUCAUGUGAUACAUGCAUGAACCAGUAUCAAUGCAAUUCCUUAUCAUUGAUACAAAUCACUCAAUUCAGCAAUUCAUUAUUUAUUUAACUAUUCCAUCUAUUCUCAUCAAAGAAAUUGGGAAGUCGAAUGAUAACUGAUGAAUGAAAAGGAACUGAAUAAGUACUGCUGAUUGCACUUUAGUU